AUGGCCGAACCACUCUCGCCGAAGCAGAUACCCUUCUGGCUACUCCGGCCAGAAACCGCCACCUACCACAACGUAGCCGCCGCCGACGAAGAAGGUCCCAGUCCAGCCGAAGAGAUAGCCAAACUCCGACCCUCACAGCAAAAGAUCCGCCUCUGCAUGAAGCUCAAAAUACCACCUCAAGCUCUCGAAACCCUUCCAAAAACAUCCUUACCCGUACCAACCUUCCCUACGGUCUUCCAAACCCUCGACCAGGAUGACCGCUUCGCCGUCUCCUCCUCCCCCGACUCACAUAAAGCCUGGCACUCUUUGGUCCCUAAAGCAGGCACAGGCUUCGUCGAGAUCGAUAACCCCCGGCAACACCCGUCCCUCGAACCCGGAAUGAUAGGUCGAGACUUCAACCACGAGGUCUUCGGCGUUUCCAUCUUCCACCAAUUGCACUGUCUAAUCCAUAUCCGACAUCAUUUCUGGGCGCUUGAUGGCCUCGCCUCCUCCACAACCACAACCACACCCACAUCCACAUCCACGGCGAACCAAACCCAGACCCAACAGCUGCAGAAACUCCACCGCAUGAACGGGCAUAUAAACCCCAGUUUCGAUUUCGUCCGCCAAGCCCUAAUGUGUAAUGCCGACCUAGCCCUCGAAUGGCCCCGAACGGUCGAAGAUUCCGGCGGUCCAGAGGGUUCAGGGGUCCAUGGGAUAGUAGAUGGCAAUCAUACUCCUCAUCAGUGUAAGGAUUGGGAUGCGAUUUAUGAGGAGGCGGGAAAGAAUGCUUGGGCGCAGGAUCAGCGGGUCUAA